AUGCACGAGGGCAAGCAAGGGAUUGAUAUCGCCACAUUUAGGCAGGACGAGGCCCGCAGCGUUGCAGUGUUGGGUGAGGCUGUCGAGGGCCAUUGCUCUUUCGUCGCGUUCGGGGCUGUCGGUCGCACAUCUUCCACUUUGCCCUACCAACACAUCCAGUCUCUUCAUCAGAUGUGCAGCAUUCAGGUUGAGAGCUGGGUGACGGAGAUGGCUACCGAGGAGGUCUCGUCCCUGGAACCCAAAGGGGAAAGUAAGGGGGAUGUCAUGCGAAUACCCUAUAUGGGCGCAUUGAGACAAUGGAGAAAGGUUUCCCUUCCCAAGGACUUAAGAGCAAAGAAGAUACGGCUAGCCUUCAAAGCUAUCGUUAUUCUGAUAAGUUUAGUCCUCGCUCUUAAGCAGGUAAUCUACCUCAUCGAGGAGUACGCGUCUUUCCCUACCAUUACGUUGAUCGACACCGAAACUUUUCAAGAAGUGCCUGCUCCGGCGUUCACCAUCUGCCCAAAACCGUCCCUGAAAGCCUCCAUCCAGGGAAAUGUUGACGACCGAUUCAGUGCUCUCAAGAGUGCCUCCGUUUCCUUGACCGAGGUCAUCUCCCAUGCCCCAUACGAUGGGCUCAACUUCUCAAAAGUUCCGCCCGUCAAUGGAGAAACCAUCUUCCACCUUGCAAACAGUAACGGGAGCUGGAGCGAGCGGACAUUCUGGGAAGUUCGCGACGAGCGAAAAUCUCCAGAUAUAUUCAAGUGCUUCACGCUCGCCUUAAAAGAAAAAAUGCCUACUGCGACAAACAAUUGCGGCAGAAAUUCCAGGUAUUUUCUCUUCAAUUUCACAUCGAUCUUGAACUCCAAGCGCGAAAAGAUUCCCUCGCAGAUCGACGUUUACAUUCACGAUCGCACUGAGGAAUUCAGCAAUUUUGGCCUGUUAACGAUUGAGCACGCAUUCCUAUUCAGCAACACAACUGCCAACAUCUUCAUUCGUUCCGACAUCAUCAGGAAACUAAACAAGUGGACAAAGCCCUGCACCAUGGAUGAGAACCACAGCUACGUCAGGUCCCGUACAGACCUGCCCUGUUUCGACCCCAUCCUCCUCACCAAGGAGGUCAACCAUACAUACAAGCGAGAAUGUCGAGAUCGCAUUAGCAGCAGCGUCCUGCUCGAGAAACUGGAGAGCGUCAGGAAGGACUUCAUGGAAUCCGAGUCCAAGAUGCGAACCAAGUGCAGCUGUAUGAAGAGGUGCCACAGACCCAACUAUUACAUCUUCGCCGAUCCUAACCCAAACUGUUUCGAGGGCUCAAGGUCAUCUCGCGAUGCCGGGUCUGCUACUCUCUUCUUCAGUUUUCCCUCGUCUCGGGUGCCUACCUUCAGGGAAAUGCAAAAGGUGAACAUCGUCGACCUCCUAUCCAACAUCGGAGGAAUCGUCGGAGUCUGUCUCGGAGUUUCCAUCGUCACCAUCUUCGACUUGAUCGACGCGGUUUGCUCACGCAUCCGCUGCAAAUUGCUCUCUCGCAGAAAUGCGGUCAUUCAAGACUCCAAACACUAA